CCACUUACAGAAAUUAUUGCUUGCUCAAAUUAUCAAUAUGAAGAAUUCCGAGUAGAUACCUCAUUAUUUGUAGAACAAUUAGUAAAAUUUAAUCAAAUUAUCGUAAAUCAUCAUUAUAGUAAUUUUGAAACUAAAGAUAUUUUAACAGAAAUUCAAAAUAAUAUUAAUAGUAGAUACACUUUACCACCACCAGAAGUUGUAAUACUAAAGCCAAGAGAUAAUCCAAAUUGUGAUAAGAAUGUAUAUGAUGCAGUAUUAAUGUACUAUGAUGAUGUAGGAGUUGGACCACUAGGUUUAACAAUUUGUGCAGAUGAAGCUAUUUUUAGGCGUCUAUAUUCUCUAUCAUAA